AAAUCCGUGUAAUUACGUAACCGACGUGACUUGACAACUUUGUCCUGGAGGCAGAUGUGUAAUUAGAGCGUUUUACGAGCGUUACACACACUUUACCUGUCAAAACCGCGCUACUGCUAUUAACUAUGAUGUUAUGAUUAACGCUGUAGGCUGACUGAUACCUGUCAGUGUGAAACAUCGCCCUCUCGUCCGUGUUUAAGCCGUCCUUGCUGCCCUCUGUUAGCAUUAAGCCUCAUGAUGUGGGUCUUCGGAUACGGGUCCCUCAUUUGGAAAGUGGACUUUCCGUAUGAGGAGAAGAGAGUCGGCUUCAUCACAGGCUUCAGUCGUCGGUUCUGGCAGGGCAGCACCGACCACCGGGGGAUACCUGGGAAACCUGGUCGAGUCGUGACACUGGUGGAGGAUCCUGAGGGCUGCGUUUGGGGUGUUGCCUACAAGCUUCCGACGGGUCGAGAGCAAGAAGUGAAGAGCUACCUCGACUACAGAGAAAAAGGUGGCUAUCAGGUCAUUGAGGUGACCUUUCACCCCCGUCCACCUCUCGCCCCUCCACCCAGCCAGACGCUGCUCUACAUCGGGUCCGAGGACAAUCCUGACUACCUCGGCCCUGCCCCUCUGGAGGACAUAGCCAACCAGAUCGUCAGCUCUACUGGUCCAAGCGGGAAGAACACAGAGUAUUUGUUUCAGCUGGCUGAUGCUGUGAGGACUAUUCUGCCUGAGGACUCAGACAAACACCUGUUCUCUCUAGAAACGUUAGUGAGAGAGAGAAUACACAACGGGCAGGAACACUUGAACAAUCAAAUAGGCUGAUUUUAAUAAGUGAAGGAAAUUAACUUGAUGAAUUGAAAACCUGGCCGGAUCAGUCACAGAAUCUCAGGGUUUGAGGUACAGAUGGGGCCACUGGAAUAUUUGGCAGGUUCAGCAAAGAAGUCAACACUCUUUUUUCAAUACUACUGUAAAGAAAUAAACAAACUACACUGCACUAAAUAUGUGUUAAAAGCUGCUUCAGAUUUAGAAGAAUGACUACUUAAAAGGUACUGUACCUAGUAUGAAACAUACAUGCUGAGUCAUCUCAUUAUGCUGAUGUUUUCCUUUCACAUCAAUCAACAGUACAAUGACAGGAUGGUUGGAUUAAUCAAUGCUGAAUGUUCUGGGUGACUAUCUGCAUUCAGUGAUAACAGAUACAUUUUUCAUCAUUGUUAGAACAUUGGGUGCACUUCUCUCCCACAGCUACAGUGAAUUAUGAGCCCACACACAAUUAGAACCGUGUCAAUUUUGUGAAAAAAAUUGGAUCCCGGAGAAAUUUUGGCAGAUUUAAAGCACUUGAAAACUUUGUUUCAUAAGUUAUUUGUGAAAAUUAAAAAAUUCAUGAGCUACUAA